AUGCCCUCAAUCAUACAACAGAGUUUCCCUGUAAAUUUACAAGCAAUGCGCUUCUUUUUUCUGUAUCCUCCAGACAAAUAUAAAACUUUGUAUCGCAUUCAUACAUACAUCGUGUACUUUUUAUUCGUAGUACCAAUUCCUGUUUUGCAGUGUCUUUACUUAGUUUUUCAAGAAGAUCUUCAUUUUACUCAGUUCGCCGACAGUGUUUUUCUAUUGGCAGAAAUGGUGUGUUUUGUGCUAAAAUUGUAUCCUUUUUUGAACAAUGGCGAACGUAUUAAAAAAUGCAUACACUACUUCGAUUCUGCGAUUUUUGAAGUUGAAAGAAACACAGAUCAGGAGAUUCUUCAACACUGUAUCAACAUGUGUCGACGUAUAUCAAUGUUGUUUUUAGCUGCUGUCACCGGAGCUUUUAUUAGUUGGUCCACCAGACCCAUUUCUUGGAAAGAUCACGUUUUUCCGACAAAUGUGUGGUUGCCUUUUGAUGUAAAGACUGCUCCAAAGUCCUACAUUACUUAUACAUACAUAUACAUUCUUAUAGCGGCUGGAUAUGGUGCAUAUUCUAGUGGUUUAAUUGAUCCUUUAAUAGCAGGACUUGCAUAUCAAGCUACGUGUCAAAUAAAAAUCCUUAAGCACACUUUACAAUUUCUUGGUGAACAGGUUAAAUACGAAGUUGCAGAAAAUACGAAAUUGGAUACUCCAAGUGAGAACAAGUUGAUGUAUGAGAAAAUUCGAAAAUGUGUUAUUCAUCACAAUCUUAUACUAGAGUUUGUUAAAGAAUACGAAUAUUGUUUUUCGCAAAUUGCGUUCAGUCAGUUUGUAGCAGGCGUCGUUGUACUUUGUGUUUCCUGUUUGCAAUUAACUUUGGUGGAUUUGCUAAGUUUGGAUUUUUUGGCGAUGGUGAUGUAUCUUAUCACUAUGUUAACCGAAAGUUAUUUAUACUGUCAUUUUGGAACCGUGUUAUACGAAGAAAGUAAUACGAUUACGGAUGCCAUUUAUUUAGGUAAGUGGUACGAAUACGACAUAAGAUGUCGCAAAGCGUUGAUUGUUCUUAUGGAACGUGCCAAAAAACCCAUGAUUAUUACCUGUGGAAAAAUUGUUGACAUGUCUUUGGAUACUUUCGCAACGAUUUUAAGAAGAUCUUAUUCUUUGUUGGCGGUUUUGCAGAAUUUUAACAUAGAAUUAAACUAACACUUG